GGAGGGGGGCGAGUGGGCGGGGCCGCGUGGCGUCAGCGCAAGAUGGCGGCCUCGGCAGCGCUGGUUCUGCGCUUGGGGAGCGGCCUCCGGCUCGGCGCGCGGGGUUUGUGCGCGAGGUUGGCGACGCCGCCCUCCCGGGCCUCGGACCAGGUCGGGGAGAUUGGGAGCCACGCCAGCACUAAGGCCCAAGGGUCACAGCAGCAGCGGGGCACAGAGGGUCCCAGUUACGCCAAAAAAGUUGCACUUUGGCUUGCUGGGCUGCUUGGGGCCGGUGGGACCGUGAGUGUCGUCUAUAUCUUCGGAAACAACUCUGUGGAUGAAACUGGUGCCAAGAUUCCCGAUGAAUUCGACAAUGAUCCAAUUCUGGUACAGCAGUUGCGCCGGACAUACAAAUAUUUCAAAGAUUAUAGACAGAUGAUCAUCGAGCCUACCAGCCCCUGCCUUCUCCCAGACCCUCUGCGAGAGCCAUACUACCAGCCACCCUACACACUGGUCUUGGAGCUCACCGGCGUCCUCUUGCACCCUGAGUGGUCGCUGGCCACUGGCUGGAGGUUUAAGAAGCGUCCAGGCAUCGAGACCUUAUUCCAGCAGCUCGCCCCUUUGUAUGAAAUCGUCAUCUUUACGUCAGAGACCGGCAUGACUGCGUUUCCGCUCAUCGACAGCGUGGACCCCCACGGCUUCAUCUCCUACCGCCUCUUCCGGGACGCCACACGAUAUAUGGAUGGGCACCAUGUCAAGGACAUUUCGUGUCUGAAUCGGGACCCAGCCCGUGUAGUAGUCGUGGACUGCAAGAAGGAAGCCUUCCGCCUGCAGCCCUACAAUGGCGUCGCCCUGAGGCCCUGGGAUGGCAACUCCGAUGACCGGGUCUUGUUGGACCUGUCUGCCUUCCUCAAGACCAUCGCACUGAACGGUGUGGAGGAUGUCCGGACUGUGCUGGAGCACUACGCCCUGGAGGAUGACCCGCUGGAGGCUUUCAAACAGCGGCAGAGCCGGCUAGAGCAGGAGGAGCAGCAGCGCCUGGCCGAGCUCUCCAGAUCCAGCAAGCAGAACCUCUUCUUCAGCUCUCUCACCAGCCGCCUGUGGCCUCGCUCCAAACAGCCCUGACCUCUGGGCCUCCCACUCGGUGCCAGGCCCCACCCCGGCCGCAGGGCAGCCACGUGUCCAAUAAAGUCCAUCCCAGAUGCCACACUCCUGUGUCCGGAGAGUCUCCAGAUGGGGGCAUCAGGGUGAGGUCCGAGUGGCGGGUCGGCUGUCAAGCACAGAGCAGGUGCUUUGGUGUUUGACCCUGGCCUGGAACUCUGAAAGCCCAGGUCCCUGCUCUGGCUGUGUGUCCCAUGUGCUGUGUGUGCUACAAAACGUGCAUCGCCCUCUCUGGCCGCAGAUCCUCCAUCUGUGGAAGAGGACCACCCUGGGGGUUUUCAGGACUGCUAGCUGCCCGGCUGUCAUGUAAAUAUGUGAAGCAUGGGCUCAGUGGGCGCUGGGGGACAGCUCGCCCCAUCCUGAGGGCAGCCGCUGUUCAGCUGUGCCAGCCGUGGCCCCACGGGAGCGGAGGCAUAGAGUUGCUCGGUCUUCUGAUUUUUCAGUAGCAGCCAGAAAAUGGGACUGUUAUAUUAAAUCUCCCAGUUUUUAAAUGUUGGCUUCCAACUGAACAGGCGCUCUGCGAUGGAAUUUCUCAGCGUUCCCUCCACGGUCUGUCUCUGCAUUGGCCGGCGGCCACAGGAGGCUGUUAAGUACUUGAAAUGUGGCUAGAGUAGCUGAGGAACGGAAUUUGAAAUUUUGUUUUAUUUUGAUUAAUUUUAAUUUAAAUAGUCACAUGAGAGUUCUAGACUGGCGGAGUUCAUAUCCAAGUUCUACCACUUUCUGUGUGAUUUUGGGCAAGUUACCUAACCUCUCAGUGCUUCAGGUUCCACAUUUAUAAAAUAAUAAUAAUAGUAUGAACUCCAGGCUAGGCUCGAGGGCUGAGUGAGGCAGUCACGUGGUAGCUGUGUGACCCUUGGCCAAGUCGCCUUUCUGCCGCAGCUUCCUCAUCUCUAAAGUUGAGGUGAUGAUAGUACCUACCUUAGUACAGCGGUUGUGUGGAGUAAAGGGGACAGUUCACGCUCGAACUAUAUAUGUAUACAUGGGACCUGAUGUUACCAGGCCAGACUGGUUAAUCACAGGCCCGCUCCCCUGGCCGUCCCAGCCUCUCCUGCGCAGCCAGCGUUUAGUGCUAGUACCAGUUAAAUAUUUUAAAAACAGCUCUGGUGAUUUUUAUGAUAAUUAAAAUGUAUUUGAAACUG